GCGGACCGUAGUUUUUGCCUCGUUUCUUAUUUCCCGGCCGAUUAGCUCGCCGCGUCUGUUUUUCUAACACUUAAAAGUCAACGGUCUCGUUCGGUAAUUUUCGGCACUGCUGGCGCCUGUGCGCCGGCCCGAUCGGCAAACUUCGGACCGUCAUACUUCAUCGACAGGUCAUCGACUUAUCAAAGCGAGAAACGGUGGAUGGUAAUCGUUUACAUUUUCACGUCAACCGUUGACUUUUUGUCUUCUAACCACCCAAACGGUUUAGACUUCUGCGUGUUUCCAAAAAUACAAAGGAACCAAUGGCAGAAGAACACGCAGAGGUAUAAAUCAAUGAGCCGCGGCUCGUCAGGAUGUCAGUAAGUGCACGUGCAAUAUCAACAACCUGCGUCUACUUAUUUCGUCCAUCUACUCAACCUAAUUCUCACAGUCGCCACUGCGUGUCGUGCUCUACUCACCGCUGCUGAUUACACGCUUUUCAAAGUUUCCAAAGAAGCCGCAAUAGCUAACUGUCAAUUGACAACAUGACGGGAAGACUACGUAUUUUCUUUCAUUUUUUUAAGGCCGGUGGAUAUAAAAAGGAUAUUUCACAAUGUGUGAAGAAGAUUUAACGGAUCCCAUUGCACCUGAGUACUCAUAUGUUUUCGACUUCGAAAAAAACUACUCUUAUGGAGACACUCAAGAAUGGUUAUUGGACAAUAUAGUGUACUGCAUCUGCUACGUUGUCUUUUACGUCACCGUAAUUAUUGUCGGGAUUUCUCACAUGUUAGAACAUCCAAAGUACAAUUUGAAACGUUCACGUGCAUUAUGGUAUGGAUUGAUGGCACUGCUCUCCAUUAUCGGAUUUAGUAGAACAGCACCGGAGCUGCUCUUUGCAUUGCUCCAUCAUAGCUUUUACCAUAGUAUUUGCUUACCUAGUAACUAUUACCAAAAUCCUGUUUCUGGCUUUUGGUCACUGGCACUUGUCAUAUUGAAAUUUGUACAAAUGUUCGAUACGAUGUUCGUCGUGUUACAAAAACAAGAAAUGACAUUUCUGCAUGUCUACCGUCAUUUAUCUAUUAUUAUUUACUUCUAUUUCACAUACACGGAGACUACAGCAGCCAUGAGAUGGUUCAGCGUAAUGGAGUACUUUAUUAAUUUUUGCAUAUAUUCUUAUUAUGCUGUGGAAUCAAUGGAGUACAAACUACCACUAUGUCUUAUUAUCACGUGCCGUGUGAUGCAAAUACUACAAAUGAUGACUGGUUACAUUCUAACUAUUAUCGCUUAUAAUCAGCGAGAUAUCCAUAAGCUUAACUGUUAUAUUACGCAUGAAAGUACAGCAAUUGGUUCCAUCUAUUACAUCGCCACUGCUUGCUUCUAUGCUAAAUAUUUCUACUCGACUUACAUAUCCAGGAAACAGAAAAAGAGAGGUAGAAAGACUAAGUGAAAAGUGUAUCAAAGUUUUUUCUUUUUCUUUUAUAUUUCAAAUCUUUUUCUACGAGCACUUCUUAAAUAGCAUUUCGUGGAAGCAUUUCUAACGUAUUUCAAGAGUCUUUAUUAGUUCAGAAUGAUAGAAAUUUUGUUUUUGUUGUGCGAUAAAAUGAAAGUGAUAAGGAUUAUUUAAUUACUAUAAAAGAAUUAACGUAUUUGAUGUUACGAUAUGGAAUGUGAAGACUUUAAAGACAGUUGCUUAAUGCGUAUCUUCAAAAUAAUUUUAGGAAACAUAUUAGUCAGAAAAAAAGAUUGUUACUUAGUAUCUUUUCCUUGCAAUAUAUCCGAAGGUCAAGGUCAUUGCAGUCGAAGACUCCCUCUUUGCAUAAUUACUAAUAUGGCUAACGAUAUUGGAAUUUUACAUUUUUUCCACAUAAUAUAUUAAUAGAUUUAAACAUCGACGUUUCUUUAAAGCUAAUUUACAAAUAUCGCUAUUAUACCACAUAGCUUAAAUAUGUCUUCAAUUCCACUGAAACUUUUUUCUACUUCUCGAAAUACCUGAAGAACUUUCAGCUGCAUGUUUUCAGUUUAGUUUUUCUGGUUAUAUCUAAUAUAUUUUUAUUUCAUUUUUAUUCUAUAAUAUUCCUUCGAUAUCUGCAACUUUUACAGAACUCCUUCUACACUUUUUUCUCAAUUUUUUACAUCAUCUCUUGUUUCCUCUCGACGCUUAAUAAAAUACGUUUCGUCUUUGAUGCCAUUAUAUACGAGAUCUUGGUGCGUACAAUAUGAAUUUCGUAUUAAAUUAAUAAGAAAGAUAUGAAAUUGUAGGAAGGCUGUGUAAUAGCAAUGAAUACAAGCAAGAAAUAUUGUACAACUAACAGAACAUCUGAAUACUGGAAUGUUCAGGUAGUAGAGGGACCAAAUUUUUUCACAUGAUUCUUUUUGCAUCUUUGCUCCAACACGAUGAAAUCAAACAACAACAACGUAGAAUGAGACAAAGUGUAAAAUUCAAGGUCGAUUUUUCUGUAAGUCUUUUUUCACAAAACUUCAUCGAACCGGACCUGUAAAAUUAUUAUAUAAACAAAUGCA